AUGAAGUUGGAUGGACACACGCUACCAUGGGUGCUGGUAACCCUGGUGGUAGUAGAGGCAAGUUCUGGUGACAAGAGACCGCAUUUCGUUGUCGACCCGCCGUCUCGGCUCUUGUGGCCGACAACCAGGGGUGCCUAUGCGGUCUGUCGCGCGUCAGGACAUCCACAACCUGACAUCCACUGGGUUACUGCUGAAGGACAGCUGGUUACGACUAUCCCUGGCUUGAGGCACGUGUUACCUGAAGGUAAGUUGGUGCUGGGCGCUCGUCGCUCCCUGCUGGAUGCAGGGAGUGGAGGUGGCUCAGCGAUUCUUCGAUGCAGAGCGUCUAACCGCGUGGGAACUGUGCUGUCACGCCCUGUUUUGUUGCAUCCAGUGGAAGACAACGUCCUAUACCAUACGGCUCGGCAACUGACUCCGGCUAAAAUCGGAGGAUCGGUGGUGCUGCGCUGUGAGCUGUCGCCUCAGGUUGGGCACGUGGAGGUCACGUGGCUUCAGGACGGCCUCACGUUGUCUUCAGGAUUCUUAAGCGGUGACUCCCGCUGGGUGUUCGGGGCGGGAAAUCUUUUAUUUGGUUCCGAUUUGUCCCAGGCGGAUUUACAAGCGGAAUAUUCCUGUGUUGCCCUGGAUACGUCCAGCCCGCCACUCAAAUUAACUACAGAUGACAGCGCAUGGUUGGAUAACAUAGAGUUGAACUCAGUGGAAGCCAAAGAAGGGGAGACGAUAGUACUACCGUGCAUGCUACGGCAUAACACGGGCCAUACUGUGACUUGGCAGCGGCAGGAUGCGAGCGGCACGUGGGCAUCUGCUGAAGACGGCACGGUCCGUGGUGGGGCGCUGAUACUACCAGCAGUGAGGAUGCACCACGCUGCCAAGUACGCGUGCUUGUCUGGACCGGAGAGUUCGCCCAGGAUGCUCAUACGACUUGUUGUGUACGAAGCUCUGACUGUGUCCGUGUCACCAAAUCCUCUGAUGGUAGCAACCGGUGGUACAGGCCACUUCAACUGCACGGUUUUUGGAGGGCGUGGAGGAGGGAUAACCAUCAGUUGGCAACACGAAGGAAGGCCUCUCCACGCUCCACAAGCGAAGCUGUCUAUAGGACCAGUGCGUUCACAUCACACAGGACUGUAUCAAUGUACUGCUCAUGAUCAUGUUGAUUCAGCAGUUUCUGGAGCCGAAUUAGUUCUUGCUGAUAGGCCGCCGCGGCUGGUCUCCACUUUCAGCGAAGCAGUUGCGAGGAUAGGACAGAGCAUAGCACUACGAUGUGCUGCGACCGGGAUACCUUCUCCUAGAAUUAUUUGGACUUUGGAUGACCGACCAAUCCCUGCUGCACCAGAUAAGUACAGUGUAAAUACAAGAGCAGAAGCAGUUCCCGGGGCAGAGGAAGGUACUAUAGUAUCAACACUCAGUGUGACGAUACGAAGUACGGACGAAGGAGGGAGGUAUGGGUGUAAUGCUACCAACUCUAGAGGAUCGCACGCGCAUCAGUCAAGGCUUAAUGUUUAUGGUCCGCCAAACAUUCGGUACUUAUUAACAUUGCACGUAAAAUCAAACACGGAUGUGAAAUUGUAUUGCCCAUAUUCAGGAUAUCCGAUUAAGGAAGUAGUGUGGCGUCGUGAAGACGGCUCUAUCGUGGAAGUGGAGUCUGAGCCGGGCGACGAGCGCGGCCUGCUGCGGCUGUCGUCGGUGCGGAGCGCGGAGUCGGGCGGCUACUCGUGCGAGGUGCGCGCCGAGAGCGGCGAGCUGGCUCGGAGGACCGUGCGCGUCGAAGUGCAUAAACCGCCGAAGAUAGCAGAAAUCCAUUUCCCCGAAGAGUUAGAAGUCGGUGGGAGUUCCCAAACGUCAUGCACCCUCAUAUCUGGAGACAAGCCUAUACAAUUCACGUGGCAUAAGGAUAACUUGCCGAUACCUUCAGCGCUUAAGGUCGAACAGAAGAAUAUGGAUUUCUUUACGAUAAUAGUAAUUCAAGAUUUGACUUCAGCUCACAGUGGAGAAUAUACUUGUAAAGCUACUAAUGAUUUUGGAAGUGUGAGUUCUACUGCGUCUUUGGUUGUUAAAGAGAAUCCAACUUGGGUGUGGCGGGCUCAAAACACUUCUGUGUCGGCCGGAGCAUCGCUUCUACUGCCCUGCUCUGCUAAAGGGCAGCCGACGCCACGGAUUAUGUGGGAGUAUUCCAGUGAUGGUGAAAACUGGCGUCACAUGUUGUGGGGCCAGCCGGAAGACUCUAGCAGAGGGUCGGUCCUCUCCGACGGCACUGUGUGGUUGCGCGCCACUGCGCCGGAUCACGAGGGCUGGUACCGAUGCACUGCGCGGGCGCAGCAUGCGUAUCUACAUCACUCCUUCUAUCUUGAUGUUAGAGAGCCACCACGAGUGACCAGAGGAGGAGGGAGUAGUGGCGAGGUCUCGUGGGUGGUGAGAGGGUCCACAGCCCGUCUCACCUGCAUUGUACGAGGGGAGCCAGAAAUACACGUGCAUUGGACGCAUGACUCCAGACCUUUGGAUUUGCACGGCGCCGGCGGAGUGGAAACACGUGACACGACCAACGGAAUUAUAAAUUCGGAAGUGACUAUCGCCCAUGCUGGGCCCGAACACGCCGGCGAGUACCGGUGCCAAGCUAGGAACUUGUACGGGAGCGAUGACAUCGUAUAUCGGCUGUUUGUUAAAGAACGUCCAAGCGUGCCAGAAGAAGUGCGAAUAUCAGAGGUAUGGUCCCGCAGAGCUCGGAUCACGUGGCGAGUCACGCGAGGCGUUUUGAUCUCUCACUACAUACUCCAAUACCGGGCGUUGACACGCGACUUCGCGAACGCUCCGGUCGACGCUCCGCUGCCCGCGCUGCUCGACACUUGGGACACGCCCGAGAUCCUCAACGUGACGUUGGCUGCAUCUGACUUGGUUCACGUCGCGUCGGAAGGGCCGGGUCGCGCAGGCGCAUCCGUGGCAGGACUGUCGCCCGACACGCGGUACGCGUUAAGAAUAGCAGCCCUUAACGACGUCGGCAUGUCCGCGUAUACAACACCAUUGCACUUCACUACUAGGGAGGAAGCUCCUGGUGGAGCUCCUCGGGACAUAUCAGUGAGAGCACUCGGACCUCGUGAACUUCACGUAUCUUGGCAGCCACCACCGCGCGAGACAUGGCACGGCACUCUCCUAGGCUACACGAUCCGUUGGUGGGAGGUGUCUGAGGAAGGCAAAGGAACUCUAACAGAAAGCGCAGCGUCAGACAGCGGGGCGAGUGCGGACGCUACCAGUACCAACCUUAGAGGUCUGAAGGCUGCCACAAGGUAUGGAGUGUCAGUGAGGGCGUAUAAUGCGGCUGGCACUGGACCGACCUCACCACCGCAUUAUAGACAUACUUUGGAGUCGCCACCCACCGGAGGUCCAGAAGGAGUGACGUGCUUAUCAAGCAGUUCCACAUCCCUCAGAGUGUCGUGGCGCCCUCCCGCCGUCGACACUCGGGGCGGUCUCAUCACCCACUACACUUUACAAUAUACAAGACGGGAUGCUGACCCUUUACUGCCGGCGCAAGACGCUUAUCUUAGGAUUCAGGGUGAAGAUGCGACGGUGUCCCGGCUAACGUCGUACGCCGAAUACGAGAUAAGGGUGCGUGCACACAACGCGGCAGGGGACGGACCGCUGUCAGCCCCGCUUUCAUGCAGGACUGAAGAGGAUGCGCCGAGCGCGCCGGGCGGCAUGAAGCUCGUCGCGCUCGGGGAGCGCUCGCUGCGCGCCUCGUGGCUGCCGCCGCCCGAGCCCAAUGGGAAGCUCACCCACUACACGCUUUACAUCAAGGAUUUGUCUGGGUCUCAGGACCCAAACUCGACUCGAGUGAACGCAUGCGGAGAGGCAGAGGGCGGUACUGUCGAGUGCAUGAGGUCCGUGCGAGGUCUCAGGCCAGGGAGGACGUACGAGGCUUGGGUGAAGGCCGCCACUGCUGCCGGCGACGGACCUCCGUCAGCCGCUGUGGCUUGUCAGACUAGUGCUUUGGCCCCAGCCCGCAUAUCCUCAUUCGGUGGAGUAGCGAUGGGAGCUGCAGGCGGUUCCUUAUCCCUACGCUGUGUGGUGGGAGGCGCGCCACCACCAGCCAAGAGAUGGCUGCGAGGAGGAAGCCCGUUGCAUCCACGACCACCUUUUCAUUUGGAUGGUGAUGCGCUAUUGAUACGAGGUUUGGAGUUAUCUCACGCCGACAACUACACUUGCGUGGCUGAAAACCCUCACGGAUCUGACUCUGUAACUUGGAGAGUGGUCGUUUUGAGGCCACCUCCUCCACCAGCUCUUGGAUUGCUAGAAGCACGGCCAAGAGAACUUGAGCUGGAGCUGCGACCAGCGCUCAGAGCGCCGGGACAUGCGAUAGCCAAGACUUAUAAUUUGCAUUGGAGAUUGGCGUCACCAGAGGGCGAAUGGCGGAUCCAAUCCGCUACUCCAGGUCCUAUCACGUUAACCGGUCUUCGCUGUGGCUCGGCAUAUAGAGCUUACGGUACCGCUGGAGGGGCCCCAGGGUCCGAGCUCUCAGUUCGUACCUCUGGCGGACCGCCCACUGCUCCGCCAGACACGAGGUGGAUCAGAGCCAAUGCCACUCAUGCUAAGUUUGAUACAAGCGCGUGGAGUGAUGGGGGUUGCGGGCCAGUCGCUUUGAAGCUGGAGUGGGCAGGAUCAGGUGUUGCUGGUGCCAGAGACGUGCCAGUGGGAGGAGAAGUUAUAUUAGGAGGUUUAUCACCGGGCUCAAGAUAUCGUCUCGCAGCUCGCGCCUCAAACGAAGCAGGGUGGACACGAGAAGUGUACGAGUUCACCACAGCACAAUCCGAGGGAGGGUACGCAGAAGAAGUAGACGCGCCUUUCCCCGCCACUGCAGGAGAACUUGCGCUACUGCUGGCACUGUGUGCUGCAUUAUCUCUUGCCGCACUCACCAUACUGGCUAUACUGUUGAGGAGGAAACGGACCGACGUCGCGCUUCCCCGAGUGACCACGAACGCGGAGAAGCCAGACUGCGGAACAUACAGGGCGCCAGCGCAUCAGACUCCCAAACUACCACCGGACCCUCCAGAUGUGUACGAGAUAAGUCCGUACGCGACGUUCGCGGGCGGGCCGGGCGGUCCGGGCGGUCCGGUGGGCCCCGGGUCGGUGUCGGAGAGCUCGCGCGCGUACACGCUGCAGCUGCGCGCGCUCGCCCGCCACGACGACGACGCCGCGCCGCCCGCGCAUCCCGCAUGCUGCGACGAAGAGACAUGUGUGGACGCGUGCGACGCUCAGAGGCGGCGGAGACGCCGUCGACAACACUACUGCCCCGACCAUGGUUGUUCACAAGACUCCGGAAGUUGAACUACGUUACUACCGAUUAAGUUUAAGAUCGUCUAGUCAUUGUAAUUUUAGUUAGAUCGGUUAUACAUAUUAAUAUGUAUACAAAAAUUUAUACAAUAAUUUAUAUAUAUAGAUAUUGU